ACCUCCAAGGUCCCUUCCAACUCUGUUGUUCCGUUAUUCUAACAAUGUUCUGCUUUAAUUUUACAUUAAAUAGAAACAUUUGCAGCAAUGUCAGAUCUAAGUGCGUAAGAAUUAAAGGAAGAGAACGUUUAAUCAGUCUGAUUGCUGAUGAUAUGUUGAUUUUUGUUAUAUAAAUCAGAUAGGAAGAGCUGAAAUGAAUAUACACAAAUGUGCAGUUAUACUAAUGAAUGUUGACAGUUUUGUGUGCAUCUUCAGAUCAAGAGUGAUGGUUUUAAAUAUUUAGGAUUAUCCACCACAAAGGUUCCAGCAUUGAAUGGAAGAUAUACCCCAGGCACACACACAGAUGCUCAGAUCCAGAUACAUAUCCGAAGGUGUGUGAGUACAUCAGGAGUGGGUUCUACUUACCUUUACUACCAGUUCCCAAUGGGGCCGCCAGCCCCAGGUUCAUUUAACAACUGGGUUACUAAUUUAACAACUGCAGUGAUUCACUUAACAUCAGUGGCAUGAAAAGUCAAAAAAUGGGGCAAGCCUCACUUAACAAAGGUUUCACUUAGCAACAUAAAUUUUGGUCGUAAGUCAAGGACUACCUGUACACUAUCAUGCUAAGUUGCAUUUUAGUUUAAAGCUGCUGUGGGGAAAUGGUCCUUCUUUGUUUGUAGUAGCUUCUCACAUCUAUCACAAUAGCUAAUAUCCAACCAUUUCUGAACAAGGAUCAGAAUUCAUCUAAAUAAAGAUACUGAUGCCUCAGUUCUUUGCAAAGCUUGAUGUGCAUUUCUGUGAGUUAGAAGAGUGAUUUCAAGGCUGUGAAAGCAACAGAGGGACUCUCCAUUGUUAACUGCUACUAUAAAGCAGAGAACAUCGUAUGAAAUAAAAAGAGCAAAGUGACAAUACGGAACUGAGUCACAUUUUUCAUACCAAGUCCAGUUUUCCUUUCUUCUGUUAGAAAGUCGACUGUUUCAUUAUUGUACCCUUUGAAAUUUUGAAACAAUAGCUUUGAAAACCCAAUAAGGAAAUUAUUGUAAUGAUAGAUGAGUUUUUUAUGUGGAUAGAUUAGGUAGCCAGAUGGGCAGAUAAAUAGAUAGUAUGAAAAGUUUUAAAAGGAACAUAAAAUGAACACGAAUUAAUACAACAUAAAUAGAACAAAGAAAGACAAAGAAAAAAAAUGCAAAAAAAGAAUGAAAAGAAAUAGAAAGAGGCUUCUGAUUUCCUUUGCAGCAAAUUAAAGUUUGAUUCCAAAAUUAUCUCUUACUUUGUGAUUGCAAAAAUACCCUCAUUUUUCUAUUAUCCAUUUUUUCCCUAAUCAUUCAAAACAUAACUCGCAACUGCACUUUUCUCUAAUUCUUGCAAAAACUUUAUAAGUGGUUGCCAAUCAGCCAUAAAUGUCGGUGCCGCCUUUUCUCUAAUCAAAGAAGUUAAUUUAGCCAUCUCUGCUAAUUCCACCAAUCUUUUUUUCCAUUUUGGAAAACAGAUUCAAACUUUUCCAGUUUUGCUCGUAUAAUAAUCUCACUGCAGUUGUCACACAUUAAAAGCAAAGUUCCCUGACUUUUCUAUCUGGAUAGAAAGAUUUCCUGGAGAUUCGCUAUUGAUUGUAUUUUGUACAAUAUGAGUACAGUGUUUUCACGUAUUCAGAUAUCAUUAAAAAAAAAUGUAAAACGGAAAAAAAUAAGAAUAAGGUUAUUCAGUAUUUCUGCUUUUGAGUCCAGACUGAAAGCUUGAUUCUCGGAAAAGGAGGAAAUUCUUGAAAAAUUCCUUGUUAGGUUGAAUGAGUAAAAACAUUGCAAAAAGAAGACUUGUUUUGCAGACAUUGAAAAUAAAAGAUAUAAUUAAGAAGCCCAGAUAGUAGUCAUUUAUUUUGUAGUUGGGAAUGCUUCAGGUUUUGAUAGCCAAAUCUGGCUUUGGGAUUGCCUUCCCAAUAAGGAACCAAGUUGGAAGAUCAUUUAAAAGCAGUUUAUUGAGGGUCAUUGGGAGGUGAACUGCUGGGGAGGGUCUUGUGUGUGUUGGGUGCCAUUACUGGUUGUUUGUGUGGUUGCUUUGGAUUCUGAGGGGUCCGUAGGCUGGUUGUAGGUCAGUGUGUCUGUUGAUGGAAUGGCUUGUGGAGUGCUAGGCUUCGAUGAACUCACCAGCAUGGCUGAUGAUUUUUGUGUUGCUCCAAUUGAACUGGUGCUGUUUGGUGUUGGUGUGGGUAGAGAUGAAGGAUUUGGGAUCGUGGCUUGUGAUGGCCAGCCAGUGUUUGUGGAUCCUGGUUUUCAACUGACGUGAUCUUUGUCCCACGUAGAACUGGUUGCAAUGGUUACAGUUGAUUUUGUAGAUUAUAGUUAGAAGAUUGCAGACUGUAAGCAUACAUUGCUAACAUUUUACAUCAGAAUAUAAUUGUCUAAGGGCAAGGCCUUGCAAAACAUUUCAGUAGCAAAUCUUCCAGGAGUAACAUAACAGUGAUGUGUUUAUGACCGGGGCGAACUAUAAGGUGAACUUUUGAUAUUAGUCUUUCCAUUCAGCACAAAAAGACGUCAGGCUGACAUUUGAAGUCAUUGGUUCUUGUAUUUCUUUGGCCAUAAAUCAAACAGGGCAAUGCUUUAGGAAUGUCUAAUCUUCACGAAAUACAUUAUUGCACCUCAUUUUGGUUCUAUAUCUGUUUUGCUUAGAUUAUUUCCUAAACAGCGAAAAAUAGACUCAUCCAGAGGAUAAGAAUGAAGGUUUUGUUGAAGUGAACCUCUGAGUACCUCAGGCAAAGGAGUUUCUUGUACUAGGGCCUUUUAAAAUAAUCAAACAUAUCUUCCUGGUCUUCAGGAUGUCACCCAUUAACUACUGUAGGUCUUUGAGUAAAUACUCUAUGUGUAUAUAAUCGCAGUAGCAAAGAUUGCUGUUUCUCUGUGCUUAAUGACAAUCUAGUCUAGUUGUGCUCCUGAAUAUAUUGAUUUUUAAAUGUCAUCCUUACCCAGACAAAUAGGUUUCUACAUUUGCUCUGUCUGCAGCUGGCCUUCUGUUCUCUUCCCUAAAGAGAUACUAAUCUUGUUUGUAUUUUUUUUAAUAGCCAUGUCAAAGGCCUGGAUGUAUUCGAUGAGUAACACAAUCAUGAGCAACAAGCAUUUUUCGCAACACGAGAAAAUGCUGGAAACAGUUCUCCUGAUCUCUCCAGUUCAGAUUUUCUCUGCAAUCCUUCUAGUCACUGAAUAUGUUUUCCAUUCUAGGCAUGUAUUCAAAUGAAUUCUUCUUGUUUAUUUAUUACAGCAUUUACCCAAUUCCAUCACUCUCCAUUCUGGGCAGCAUACAAUAUUAAAAUAAGGGUGGAACUGUAUAAAAGCAGAGAGAAAUAAUGCCGUCUUGAACAGAUCCAUCAUUCCACAAGGAGGCUACCCCACGGCCUAGCCCAAGACCUGGGGGAACAGCCAGAUUUUAAGGGCUCUUUUAAAUAUGGCUGGGUGGAGAGACAGCGUCGAAGAUGAAAUCGAACUGGCCACCGUGCGACAUCGACCGGAAGCCCUGGAACUGUUGGAAGCCCAGAGCAAAUUCACAAAGAAGGAACUUCAGAUUCUCUAUCGGGGGUUCAAAAACGAGUGUCCCACGGGGGUUGUUAAUGAAGAGACCUUCAAAGUGAUUUACUCUCAGUUCUUCCCACAGGGAGAUUCUACAACAUAUGCACAUUUUCUGUUCAAUGCAUUUGACACAGAUCACAAUGGAUGUGUGAGUUUUGAGGAUUUCGUGAUGGGCCUUUCAAUUUUGCUCCGUGGGACCGUGCAGGAAAAACUCAACUGGGCUUUCAAUUUGUACGAUAUAAACAAAGACGGCUGUAUAACAAAAGAGGAAAUGCUUGAUAUCAUGAAGGCCAUCUAUGAUAUGAUGGGGAAAUGCACUUACCCUGUUCUUCGAGACGAUGCUCCAAAACAACACGUGGAAACAUUUUUCCAGAAAAUGGACAAGAACAAGGAUGGUGUAGUUACCAUAGAUGAAUUCAUUGAAAGCUGUCAAAAAGAUGAAAACAUAAUGCGUUCCAUGCAACUCUUUGAAAAUGUAAUUUAACCUCCAGCCGCUCUCCCUUCAAUCAGUGGACAAUACGAACAAUUCUGUAGCAACACAGAUAGAAGCGUUGCCACGUAGGAAUCAGAAUUGUCAGCUUUGCACUGAGAUGUCUAUAAUGCAAAUAAGCUUUGUUUAAUUAAAGCCCACCUUCGGAGACUGUAUUUUUCCACUAGUUUGAGGUAAAGCGAAGUCAUUCAACAAUGCUCUCGUAGUCGUUUUUAAAAUGUCAUUUGAGUCAUAGAACAAUCCAAAGAAAACAGCAAUAGGGAAACUGCAUUCUUGCCGUUCCAACUUCCACAGCGAAGGUCUUGGAGUGAUGGGGGGGGGGGGGGGGGGGGAGGCAAGCUUUUUUGUUAGACAACUUUCCAUGAUAUCAGGUCUGAAUUCCACAGUCCCUUAUUGUGUGAAGCUCAUCCUACAUAAUUCUCAACUUGAGGGGCACUUUUGGCAAUUACAUUUUAAGGGGGAAUCCAUCCUGCAGCCUGUUAGCGGUCUCAGAUGCUGGCUUCCUAUUGAGUCAUUGUGGGAAUGGGACAACCUAAAUAGCUUCCAGGCUCUCCCCGUGGGUAGAAAAAAAAUUCCUUCAGUCUCCAUAAGGGACUGGCACACAAGAGUUUUCCUUAGUUUCGCCUGAGAGGAAUAUCAGAUUCCUUAAUACUACUCUUUUCAAUUCAAGAUCUACACUUUUUAUAACAGCUUUUCUUGUGCAAAAAACAAAAAAAAAUGUAUUAUUUAACCACUGCCUAUGAUAAAUUUAUUCCGUUGACAAAUUUACUGAUAUAGUGAACACCCAGGAGGUAGUUUAGAUAAAAGUUUGGGCUUCCCAAUCAAAGGUGAAAAUUAAUGGAUACGGCCAGUUUUUGAUUGGAAUAAAGAUGGAAGUCAAAGUAAAGACUGAUGGGGAACCAGUAAGAGAGGUUCAUUCAUGGUCCCAGUAUGUGACUGCUCAAAAUAUGGACCAGGACACAAUUAUGACAAUCAAGCCUCAUUUAUAAGAAGGAUUUUUCUUCUCUGGUAUCAAAACUGAACUAAGAUUCGAAGUUUAUUAGCAUGUCUACUUAGAAGGAGCUGUAGAUUUUUCAGGAGCUACAAUUACUAUUAUUCACAAGGUGAAAAGCAGACAGAGAGAGUGUUCUGUGAAUGACAGAAAACUAGCAGAAAAAUGAUUUGAAUAGAGAGUAAAUUUGCCACAGCCACAGGGAAAAAUACAAGUGCACAGUAUCUAAGUUGAGAGAGGUAGAAGUUGGCAUUCCCCCCUCUUUUUGUUUUCCUUUUAAAAAAAAAAAAAACCUAUAAAGGGAGAGACAGAACAGACUCUAGCCAACAAAAAAAAAACCUCCCUAUUUCUCAUGAUAGUCAAAAUAAUAUUAAAUUACUGUCUGGCUAGAAGCUUAUAAGUACUGAUAGAAGACAUAUGCCAGCAUUAAUCGUGACAUUUUGCACUGAAGUUCCAGAAAGCUUAUAGAUGUACAAAAAUGCUGCAAACUGUUGUAUUUUUUUUUCUUUCUAUUUUUAAUAAUGGCAUCUAAUCUGGUGCAAGAUGGCUUAGAGAGUCAAGCUACUCUUAUGACUGCCACUGUAGAAAUACGAGUAGUACAAUAAAUGUACAUCUAAACUUUGUUGUAGAAUGUCCAUGAGAAUUAAAUGUGCACAUUUUAUAAUAAAAAUGAAGACACGGAA